AUGGACGCUUCAAAGGCUCAGUCCCUGCGUUCCCGUCGCAACGAUGGAGCUGUCGCUGGCGACGAGGCGGCUGCUACUGCUCCCAUCGUCCAAGCCAAUCACAUCAAGCACGACCACGACCACAACGAUCUCUCGAAAAAACGCUUCGGUUCCCAGUUUGGCGCCAUCUCCCCCGACGUCCAUUCGCAUUCAGCCGACACGGUCAUCACUCUGGCCCUCUUUGUCCUUGCAGCCGCUCUGCGUUUCUACAGGAUCUCGUUUCCGGAUCAGGUGGUCUUCGACGAGGUGCACUUUGGCAAGUUUGCUGCCUACUACCUCCGUCGCGAAUUCCACUUCGAUGUUCAUCCCCCACUCGCCAAACUUAUCAACGCCUUUGCUGGCUACUUGGCUGGCUUCGACGGACAUUUCGAAUUCGAUCAGAUCGGCGACAAGUAUCUCGAGAACAAUGUCCCCUACGUUGGCAUGCGUGCCGUCCCCGCCAUAAUCGGCAGUCUCCAAGUACCCCUGAUCUACGCCAUCAUGCGACAAAGCGGAUAUGCUCCCGUCAUUGGCGUUUUCAGUGCUGCUCUGCUGCUCUUCGACAAUGCGCACAUUGCACAGGAUCGACUCAUCCUCCUCGACGCUCCGCUCAUCCUCUUCAUGAUGCUCAGCCUCUACUCGUACAUUCGCUUCUAUAAGCUUCGCUACAACGAGUUUUCCGCUCAAUGGUGGGCUUGGCUCGUCGCUACGGGCGUCAACCUGGCUUUGACCAUGAGCUGCAAGAUGGUCGGGCUCUUCACUUUCAUGACGAUCGGCACUGCGGUGGCUUGGGAUCUGUGGAAGCUGCUCGACAUUCGACGCGGUCUCGAGAUCGAGCAUGUCGCACGUCACUUUUUCGCGCGCUUCUUUGCGCUCAUCAUCCUUCCCUUUGGCGUUUACCUGUUUUGGUUCUGGGUGCAUUUCGCCAUCCUCAUCAGGAGCGGUCCCGGCGACGUUUUCAUGAGCUCGCAAUUCCAGCAGACGCUCACGGGCAACCCCAUGCUCAGCAACGCCCGCGACAUUCAGUAUUUUGAUGAGAUCACUCUCGUGCACAAGAACACCAAGGCUAUGCUCCAUUCGCACGCCGAGAGAUACCCGCUCAAGUACGACGAUGGGCGCAUCUCAAGCCAGGGCCAGCAGGUCACUGCCUAUCCGCACAACGACACCAACAACAUCUGGCAGAUCGUCCCCACCAAACCCAUUCCGGACGACGACGCCAAGGGACGCACCGUCCAGCACAAGGACACGAUUCGACUGCUCCACAUCAACACCAACACCUACCUGCUCACUCACGACGUUGCUUCCCCGCUGAUGGCUACCAACGAAGAGUUCACCACCGUCCCCGCCAACGACACCUCGCGCUACGACGAUACGCUGUUUGAGCUGUUCCUGGAUGAAGCAGACGGCGCCGACAAAUCGCUGAAGAGCCAAGCAUCGUGGUUCCGACUGGUGCACAAGAACACGCGCGUCUGCAUGUGGACCCACGGCGAGGCGCUCCCAGACUGGGGGUUCAAUCAGCAAGAGGUCAACGGUAACAAGAAUGCCGUAGACAAGACGUGUUUGUGGUACGUCAGCGAGUUGACGCCCAGCCCGGAUAGCCCUGAUCUGGAGGAUCGUCUAAAGCCUUUGCCGCCUCGCAAAGUGGUCAAGAUGAAUUUCUUCAAGAAGUGGUUGGAGCUGCAGUUGCAGAUGCUGCAGCAGAACGCUGGUUUGACGCAGAGCCAUCCGUACGCUACGGGACCCAUCAACUGGCCUUUCCUGCUGCAGGGCAUUUCGUUCUGGACUCAGGAUGAAGGGCAACACCAAAUCUACAUGAUUGGCAACCUGGUUUCCUGGUGGGGCACCAUCCUCAGCAUUUCCAUCUUUGUCGGAGUCUUGGGCGCCGAUUUGCUCGCGCGUCGUCGAGGCAUCUACCCCAUCCCCAGCGCCGUGCGGAACCGACUGCACAACUCGACCGGCUUUUUCGUGAUGGCCUGGGCGUGCCACUAUGUGCCGUUCUUCCUCAUGUCGCGGCAGCUGUUCAUCCACCACUACCUGCCGGCGCACGUGUGCGCAUGCUUGGUGGCAGGAGGCGUGCUCAACUUUGUCGCGAGCGAGACGAUCCAGUUUCCGAUUUCCAAGCCGGGACCGCUGCUUACGGCGCAACACUACAGGCCUCGGAUGGACAAUGUGGUGCCCAGACAGGCGAGGGCGGUGAUGGGCGUGUUGGUGGCUGCGCUGGUGGUGUGCUUUUGGUGGUUGAGUCCGUUGACAUACGGUACGCCCGGGUUGACGACGGCCGAGGUGCAUAUGAGGAGGCUGCUUCCCUCGUGGACGCUGCAUUUUGCCAAGUGA